AUGCAAGUGCAAGGCUUUAGAGCUAAAUCCAGAGUAGCACUUCUCGUCGUCUUCGUCUUAUGUGUUUGUUUCGCGGGGUUUUAUGAUUUGUUAAAGCCCGUUUCAAAUGGAUGUACCAUGACGUACAUGUAUCCCACUUACAUUCCUAUCCCUACCACGACUGCUGUUUCACCGGCAAAGUACGGCUUGUAUUUGUACCACGAAGGAUGGAAGAAGAUUGAUUUUAAGGAGCAUCUCAAAAAGCUAAGCGGCAUUCCCGUUCUUUUUAUUCCGGGAAAUGGCGGUAGCUACAAACAGGUACGUUCACUGGCAGCAGAAUCUGACAGGGCAUAUCAAGCAGGACCCCUAGAGCGUACAUUUUAUCAGGAAGCUUCCCUAACUCCUGAAGAGGGUGGGGAGGAGAUAGAUGUAGCUUCCUUUCAGUUACCCAACCAAUAUGAUUCCAGGUUGGACUGGUUCACAGUGGAUCUUGAAGGAGAACAUUCUGCUAUGGAUAGUGCUAUACUUGAAGAACAUGCAGAAUAUGUUGUCCACUCCAUUCACAGGAUUUUGGAUCAAUAUAAAGAAUCUUAUGAGACUAGAGAAAGAGAAGGUGCUGCAACCUCUGGGAGUUUGCCAAAAAGUGUAAUAUUGGUUGGUCACUCUAUGGGUGGUUUUGUUGCUAGAGCUGCUGUUGCCCAUAACCGUUUGAGGAAAUCAGCAGUUGAAACGAUUCUUACUCUCUCCAGCCCACACCAAUACCCUCCUGUGGCAUUGCAGCCUUCCUUGGGUCACUACUUUGCACGCGUUAAUCAUGAAUGGAGAAAGGGAUAUGAGGUCCAAACAAGUAGAGCAGGACAUUAUGUGUCUGAUCCUGUUCUCUCACAUGUUGUUGUUAUAUCCAUUUCUGGCAGUUACAAUGAUUAUCAGGUGAGGUCCAAGUCGGAAUCCCUUGAUGGCAUUGUGCCUCCCACUCACGGUUUUAUGAUCAGUAGUACAGGCAUGAGAAAUGUGUGGUUGUCAAUGGAACAUCAAGCUAUUUUAUGGUGUAAUCAAUUAGUUAUCCAAGUAUCACACACUCUCCUUAGUUUGGUAGACUCCAGAACAGGCCAGCCAUUUUCUGACAAACGAAUAAGACUUGCGAUAUUCUCUAAAAUGCUUCGUAGUGGGAUACCACAGAGUUUCAAUUGGAUGACGCAAUCACACUUGUCUCAGCAGUCGUUACAUGUUCCUUCUAGAGACGUAAAAGAUAAAACUGGAUCACUGUACACUUCCGCUGCAUGCCCUAGAAAUGUUCAUUGGAGCGAGGAUGGCCUUGAGAGGGACCUAUACAUUCAGACAACCACCGUCACUGUUUUAGCCAUGGAUGGUCGAAGACGGUGGUUAGACAUACAAAAACUGGGGUCAAAUGGAAGAAGUCACUUCAUGUUUGUGACAAACCUUGCUCCAUGUUCUGGGGUUAGACUUCAUCUGUGGCCUGAAAAAAGAAACUCAACUUCAGAAUUGCCUGUGUGUAUAAGAAUCCUCGAAGUGACAUCAAAGAUGGUGCGCAUUCCAUCAGGACCAGCACCAAGACAGAUUGAACCUGGAAGCCAGACAGAGCAAGCUCCUCCUUCUGCUAUAUUUCGCUUGGGACCUGAGGAUAUGCGUGGUUUCAGAUUCCUGACCAUCUCAGUUGCACCUCGUCCGACUAUUUCAGGAAGACCUCCACCAGCAGUUUCCAUGGCAGUUGGGCAGUUUUUUAAUCCGGAGGAAGGGGAGCGAGAGUUCUCUCCUUGGUCACUGUCUAGUUUUUCUUAUAAGGAAAUUUCUUUGAAGGAGGAUCAUCCGCUUGCUUUGAAUCUAUCAUUCACCACUAGCUUAGGCCUCUUGCCUGUCAUAUUCUCUUUGAAGACUGCAGGUUGUGGAAUAAAGAAUUCUGGACUUCCAGAUGAACAGGCUGAUGAUAUAGAUAAUAGCAAGCUCUGUAAGCUUCGCUGUUUCCCACCUGUAGCAUUUGCUUGGGAUGACACAUCAGGUCUCCACAUAUUCCCAAAUGUAUAUAGUGAGACAAUUGUUGUUGAUUCCUCGCCAGCGCUUUGGAGUUCACCUAAAAGUUCUGAGAAAACCUCUGUUAUGUUGCUUGUAGAUCCACAUUGUUCAUACAGAAGUGCAGUGACUGUUUCUGUAACUGCAGCUGCCAGUAGGUUUUUGCUUCUAUAUAAUUCACAGAUUGUUGGUUUCGCCCUUGUUGUUAUCUUUUUUGCACUAAUGCAGCAAACACAUGCAUGGGAUCUUGACCUGCCCAUACCUUCGAUUCUUAUGGCUGUGGAAUCUAAUUUGAGAAUCCCAUUGCCAUUUCUCUACCUUGCCAUGGCACCCAUCUUGCUUUCUUUUGUCCUCUCCUUUUGGAUUUCUCAACCAUUUCCUUCAUUUGCUAGCUUCACCGUUGUCUCAGUGAUCUGUUAUUUACUUGCUAAUGGCUUCGUAAUUAUUCUGAUUUUGAUAUCUCAAUUCAUCUUCUAUGCGGCUGCUGUUGUACAUAUUUUCAUCAAGACAAGGUUUCAAUUGUGGGAAAAAAGUGCUAACCGGUUUAUUAAUCUUUCCUCUAGUUUCUUUUCAUUGAAGGUGUUACGAGUUGUAAGAGCCAAUCCACUACUUGUUACAGCACUUGCUGCAAUUACUCUGGUGUGCUUGGUUCAUGCAGCGUUUGGUCUAUUUAUAAUCUUGUCCUUGGAUGCUUUGUGCUGUCACAGUGCACUUUGCAGCCAUGCACAAAGACAUGAAUUAUUUGAUUGUAAAAAAGAAGGCAAUGAUGGUUCUCGCCACCUUCCCUUCAAAAGUGAUGGAGAUUGCUGCUCCAAUAGUCCAGACUCUUCGAAAAGUUUUGGUGAAGCACAAUUAGAGAUAUUCCAUCAUCGGCAUGGGUUGUUUAUUUUGCAUCUUGCUGCAGCGCUCAUGUUUGUCCCAUCACUAGUUGCUUGGUUUCAGAGAAUAGGGAUGGGUCAUAGCUUUCCAUGGCUCGUGGAUUCAGCUCUUUGCACAGGUGUGAUUCUUCAUGGUAUCUUCACUUCAAGGCCCGAGUUCAAUUCCUUCUUAGUUUCUUUACCUGGCGUCCGAAAUCUUGAAGCUUUACUUCCUUUGCCUUGA